CUCGGCUUUAAGCGAAAAGGCUUGCGUCUCGUCCCCUGCCUACCUUUCCUUGUAGCAUAUCUACUUUUCUGUCUACCCUCGCCCUUAUAAGUAUAUUGUCUGAUUUUCAUUUCGAAAUAUCCUCAUUCAAUCCACUUAAAUUAUACAGUGUAGUUCAAACCUAACUCCAAGAUGAAUCCCUAUGAAGUUGAGCAUAACAUAAAAGCGUCUCCGCAGUCGUCUCGACCUCGUCGCCGUCCUUCUAUGUCCUCCUUCUUCAACCAAUUAUCGCAAUGUGAAACCUCGACUUCUACUACUGAUCCAAACUGGCAUCACAAUAAUCCGCAUGCUGUUCCUACUCCCGUCGACGUAGCAGCCUCAUAUCGCCUCCUUCAAGACCAAUUCCUAACCCUCCGCACCAAUGACCCCUCCUCCACCACAGCCCCUCUUCUCGACCUUCUUAUCUCCUCCAUCACAUCUCAAAUCGACUCUCCGCCCACCACCAUCUCCGGAUGCUCUCAAGCCUACCUCGAUACCAUCGAUCGCGUUCCUCGUUCCUCCCUAAAGGCGGAUGAAACAUGUCCGAUCUGCGGCGAGAAGUUUCUGGAUGACCAAUAUUGCUUAGUCGUUGUGUUACCAUGUCAUCAAACUCAUAAAUUUGAUCUAGAGUGCGUGGGCCCGUGGUUGAGAUUAAAUGGGACAUGUCCUUUGGAUAGGAAGAAGGUUGGAGACGGGGAGGAGAGGGGGAAGGAGGCGGAGAGAGAGAGAGAGAGGAUGAGGAGAGGCGUGGAAGGCUUAGGAUUCGGGGCUGAUGGGGAGGAAAGGAAGAAGGAGGAGGAGGAAAGAAGAAAGAGGGACGAGGACGAAGAAAGCGACGGCGAUGAUGGGAUGUACGCUUAAGGUCCUAUGGGGGCAGAGAUUUCGAAAGGAAAAUGUAUGGGUUCAUUGCAGGUAAGGAUGAAUGAUAGCACGACCCGAUGCCAGGCCGAGAAAAGUGCGGAAUUUGGAAUCAAUACAGAUGCGUCCUUGACCCAUAGAAGAGCGGUAGCGAGAAUGAGGGACUUGUAGGGAGAAGCCAUCUUCCUUCACAAAUUGGCAAGAAACAGAUAUCAGGGAUCUGGAAUACCCUCUUGCAAAUAGUAAACAAGCGACGAUAUACCAUUCAGUCAUAUACCAUUAUAUACUUGAAGCUCAUACAUGUCCAAAGUCACACACAACGGUACACUUGGUAUAUCAUUCCGGUUUGAACUCUCUUUCUUCUCAUGUGCAUGUGCCAUGUGUUGGGCUUGCCGACUCUUGAGUGGUCUGAUUCGGCGAGAUAGAGAAGGGGAACAUUAGUUCAAUAGCACAACCUAUGAUAGCAUUGACAGACUGUAUAUAUGCAUACAUGUCUUCCUGAUAUCAUGUACAGUAAUCUACAGUGGACAUAAUGUCCCAAAAACAUCAACACCGGUCUUCGUAUCUCACUCCAAUCUCCCCAUCAUCCCAUCG